AGAAACAACUGGUGGGUGGCAGUUUUGACAUUUGGGGAAGGUUGGCACAACAAUCACCAUGCUUUCAAGUACUCGGCAAGGCAAGGGCUGGAAUGGUGGCAGAUCGACAUGACAUGGUACGUGCUCAGGCUCCUUCAGGCCAUAGGGUUGGCUUAUGACAUCAAGCUGCCCAGUGAGCUCCAAAUGAAGAAGCUAGCCAUGAAAGGCUCCGACUAGUGCUUUUGCAAACGGUCGAAUCUUCUGGAGUAUACUGUAUAGUAUAUGAUCCAGGAGUACGUCAAUCGUAAUCAUAUAUGCAUUAUGUACGCAC